AUGAAUCUCGCUUCAUCAAAUCUCUCUUCAAUCUGCUUCCCUUCACUACUUACUCAAGGGUCCGGGCUACGAUCUGGACCUACAUUUUACUGUGAACUUUGCAAAGUAAGCUGUGUUGGUGCAGGAGCUUUCACCGAUCACGAAAAAGGUCAGCGUCACCAAAAGCGUUUAUCCCAGCAAAAAGCAAUUGAACAACUGAAAUCAGACAAAGGGGAACUUGUGAUUCAAGCCUCUUCUAAAACUGGGGCAACGGAAUUGCGCUGCGAGUUGUGUGACAUUGCCUGCACCGGUGCAGGAUCCUAUUCCGCUCAUCUAGCCGGUCGUCAGCAUCAACGAACUCUACGCUUGCAUAAAGAGUUAGGCAAACCGAUUCCACCCACAAACGAUCCGCUCGUUCCAACUGCUGUAGCUGCGGCACUCAAAGCCCCGGUUUCUGAACCCACUUCUCAGCCCGGUUAG